CUUUCAGAAUCUUAUGAAACAAAAACUGGAGACGAUUAAACUGAAUUUACCAUGGGUGGAAAGGCUAGACAUGGUCAACGCGCCAGCACCGUUAGCGCCAGAGUUAGCGUUGCAAAUGCAAGAUCAGGAAGUGAGAAGAGCAAAGCAGUUGAAGGGGAAUAAAAAAUUGCCGCAGUACGAUCCAACGGAGGACCCGGUUUUAAACGACUUCCGGAGAGAAACAAUGUUCCACAGACAAGCACAGGGUGCCGUUAUGGACGGCAUCGCUAGAUUAAAGAAGCUCGGAAUACCGACGACAAGGCCUGACGAUUAUUUCGCUGAGAUGGCAAAGUCCGACGCCCACAUGCACAAAGUCAGGGAGAACUUAUUGAGGAAGCAAAUGAUUGUUCAGAGAUCGGAGAAGGUCAGGCAGUUGAGACAGCAGAGGAAAGUAGGCAAGCAAAUGCAGAUAGAAGCCACUUUGAAGAAGCACGCAGAGAAGAGGAAAAUAUUAUUAGCAUGCGAGCGAAUGAUAUGUCCUUUUGCGUCCCUGAAAGAUGGCGCAGGUUCUCCUCUGUUUACUACAAAGCCGCGUGUAGUAAAACAGAGUACCGCGUGUGACCUGUGA